AUGUCGUACAUCCAACACAUCGAGUACGCAGACACAAUGUACACGCACCACACCACGCCUUUUCCUACGCACGCGGACCUCUUGCGCCCAUUCUACAUGGACCUUACCAUCGAUGCGAUCGACACCCUGACGAUCCACCCUACGCACACGCACAACUGGGGUGGAGUAGGACAUACGACGUAUCCCAGCCAGUGUCAAACGCGCUCGCCUACGCAGUACAAUCUGGAGUCGUAUCCCGUCGUUGACAUCACCGUCGCUUCUCCUUCCCAAGAUGACCAGGACGGGGUAGGUGAGGAGGAUGAGGAGAAGUGGUUGGCUGGGAUGGUGAGCGGCCGCCAUUCCGCUCGCGGUGUAGGUCACGCUUUGGGCGGGAGUGAGAGUACAGGCGUUGGUGUUGGUAGCCAGUCUGACACGCAUUCUGAACAUGUCGUCAUUGUGCGCAGAGGGCCCCUUCACAGCUUGCAAUUGCAACAGGCUGCCGCUUCUGCUGCUGCUAUUCAAGGACGUGGGCGUGCUAAUGGACAUGCACCUGCACACACUAACACUCCUGCUCGCACUCCCACCGGCGACGACGGUCUCUUUGGUAGCGUCGAUGCCCUCGCACAGCUGCAAGCAGAGCAAGCAGAGCAACCAACGCAACCGCGCCGCACUCGUCCACAGAUCGCUCGGCGCGACUCAUUUACUUGCGUACCACUAACAUCGCCAGCACCAGGUAGCGAGCGUGAGCGUGAGCGUGGUGUGGUAGAUGCAGGUGUGAGUGGCAGCUUAAGCACGCACACACGCGAACACACGCACAGCGACCACCGCAACCUCAACGAGAUGUUUUCGCAGCUCUACCUCCGCCAGCAGGAGGGGCUCAACAGGAGGGUAGGACACGGGGAAUACUGUGGAUACUAUGGAUACACAGGCUACACCGGACACACAAGUCACAACGGAAACAGCCACUACAUGCCCCUCUCGAACCCUCUCCCUUUCCCCCUCCAGCUGAUGGUUGUCCGGCGAGUGCAAAUUGGUGAUGGUAUGGCUUUCGAUCAGCUCGUGCAGUUUCUCCUUCGUAACUCACCAAGCACGGGCAUGAAAGGGUGUAGCGACCCCUGCAAUCGAUGUAUAGGGAUCAAUCGACGCAAAAUGCUUCAACACAUUCGUCACAAUCUCGCUCCAGGUGGUUGUGCACGUCGCAUUCUCGCUACUAUUAUGGGCCUGUUCGAGAAAUGUCUCACUAGUGGUACUAUCACACUUAACACAAACUGCUUUCAGAUGAGAUCGGGCUAUGUCAACCAUACGUGCCACGCGUACCACACGUACCACACGUACAAAAUCAAUUACGUCCUCACUGAAGAGUUUAGACGCCAUGUCGCUCUCGCUAAACCCCUUGUACCAAAUUCCUUUGUUUAUGUUUGA